AUGAAGUUCACCCUCGCCCUCCUCGCCGCCGGCCUCGUCGCCGCCCAGGACUUCUCCGGCCAGCCCGAGUGCGCCAUCCCCUGCCUCCGCGACGCCAUCCCCAAGGUCGGCUGCGCCCUGACCGACACCGCCUGCCAGUGCGCCGCCGACAAGCAGGAGCAGCUCGUCCCCUUCGCCGCCCCCUGCCUGCUCUCCGCCUGCAACUCGGCCGACCUCGGCAAGGCCCAGGCCGCCGCCGCCGACGCCUGCAAGAAGUUCCUGGCCACCGCCAGCGCCGGCUCCGCGAGGCCCACCGCCACCGGCUCCGCUGCCGCCUCCGCCGCGUCCUCCGCGUCUGCUGCCGUCUCUUCGGCCGCUGCCUCCGUCAGCGCCUCCGCUUCCCGCGCCGCCUCGGUCGCGUCCUCUGCCGCGUCCGCUGUUGCGUCCGCCUCCCGCAACGCGACCUCUUCUGCUUCCACCACCCUGUCUGGCACCCGUACUCCCUCGGCUACCCCUACCGGUACCGGAGCUAGCGCCAGCGCUUCUGCUACUGGUGCUGCUUCUCAGGGCAACGCUGCCAUGGGCGGUGUUGCUGUUGCCGCUCUGUUCGGUAUCGUCGCUGCCCUCUAA